GUACAAGUAGGUUUUCUACUUUCUCGACCCGGCCGAAACCCCAAAGCCCACCACCCUGUUCCCGUCCGUCGCCGGCGCGCACCACCUGUCUACCACCAUGCCAACCACGGCCGCCGCACGAUCCUUCUUCUCACCGCCAGCACCACAUGCUCUCCUCCACGCGGGAUCACGGACCACGGUCGCCUCCUUCCCGCGUGGAUCGCCUCCUACCGUCGCUCUCUCCCUCUCGAUCUCCGCCUCGGCCCCCUCCUCGCCGUGGGCGCCGGCGGCCAACCCCAAAUACCACAACGCGAAGGUGGACGCGGGAGACGAGUACGUGGACGGGGGCGAUCUGCUGCGGCAGUUCACGCGGGAGGUGGGGCGGGCCGGCGUCAUGCACGAGGUCAGGCGGCGGCGGUGGCACGAGGAUGCGCGGGACAAGCGCAAGCGAAAGUCCCGCGACGCCGCAUGGAGGCUCAGCCGCAGGUGCGCCCCUGCUCGAUCCAUCCACCUGUUGCUUAAUCCCGUGACCCGCCUUUGGGCCUCCCCCCUCCCCGGGUUCAUCUUCAUCCGCUCUCACUAUAAAUGGCGCUUCAAGGGUCCAUAUCCAUUUGACGAUGAGCAGGAGUCGAAGGAGGGUACCACGGACGAUGAUGGGCGUGACAACUGGGAGCUUCCUGGAGGAGAGUUUCCUUCUUUCAGAUGAACCAAGAAGCUACAUUCAUCCAUGUUUUGUCUGACAAAGAAUUCUGACCAUGCAACUUCAGUUAUACUGUAUUUCUGUAGUUGGAGGAGGACUUAACUUAUUUUGUGGGGAUCCAUAAUUCAUUUAGGAGGAGGGAAGACUUGGAUAGGUAGGCUGAACACGCAUCUUCGGCAUCGAAAACUCUGAUGAAUGUUAUGUGCGAUCUCUCUGGUGUGUAAUUCGUAUAGAAUUGCCAGUUUGCUGUAAUGGCUCAACGCCAUGUGCCUUCCAUUGGAAUUGAAAUUGAUAGUUUUCUGUUCCAAAGACUUUAUCUAGUGAUCUUUUCAUCCA